AUGUGUGACCACCACCACCUGCGGUCCCCUGCACCUGUGGGGAUAGUGGACCAUGUCAGCAGCUUGUCAGAGAAUUUUGCAGAGCUUGUAGAAACGGAAGACUAUGCCGACAUCACAUUCAUUGUUGAUGGCGCCAGAUUUCGCAGCCAUAAAGUUAUCUUGGCAGCACGCUCUGAAUUUUUCAGGGCGCUACUGUAUGGCGGCAUGAAAGAGUCCCAACCUGGCACCACAGAGAUAGAACUACAGGACACACCAUCGGUUGCUUUCUCAGCUCUUCUCAAGUAUAUUUAUACUGGUCGUAUGAACCUUGUUGAAAUUCAGGAGGAAAAUUUAUUGGACAUCCUAAGUCUGUCUCACAGAUUUGGUUUUGUGGAGCUGGAAUCAUCUAUCUCCGAUUAUCUGAAGGCCAUUCUCAAUAUUCGUAAUGUUUGUCAUAUCUAUGAUUUGGCCAACAUUUACAGCCUGACAUCUUUGUGUAACGUAUGCAAGGACUAUAUGGACCGACAUGCUCAGGAGGUUCUCACCUGUGACAGUUUUCUCUCCCUAUCUCAGACGUCAAUGCGAGACCUGAUCGCACGAGAUUCCUUCUGCGCACCAGAGAUUGAGAUUUUCAGAGCUGUCAGCAACUGGGCAGAGCACAACAAAGGCCAGGAUCCAACUCCUAUUCUUGAAGUAGUGAGGUUGCAGCUGAUGGGGAUGCAUGAGCUUCUACAUGUGGUCAGAGACACUGGUCUUGUGUCCUCUGAUGCCAUACUCGAUGCCAUUAGAAUACAGACUGAAAGUCGAGACAUGGAUCUGAAGUACCGAGGCUAUCAGGUAUUGGAGGAAAACAUAGCAACAACACGCCUUGGAGCCUCUGUUAUUCGAGGUGAAAUGAAAACAGCAUUGCUGGAUGGUGAUACUCAGAAUUAUGAUCUGGAUCGAGGCUUCACACGGCAUCCCAUUGAUGACAACAGUGGGCACGGGAUAGUCAUCAAACUGGGCAAGCCUUACAUCAUCAACACAGUCAAACUGUUGUUGUGGGACAAAGAUAUGAGGUCCUAUUCCUAUUAUAUUGAGGUGUCAAUGGACGACAAAGAUUAUGAGAGGGUUAUAGAUCACACAGGUUACCUCUGCAGAUCCUGGCAGAAGCUUCACUUUCCCGCCAGAGUUGUAAGGUAUGUUAAAGUGGUAGGGACACACAACACAGUGAACCGAGUCUUCCACUUAGUCUCGUUUGAAUGCUUUUUCACGACACGCCUGUUUCACCUUGACCGGGGCUUAGUUGUGCCUACAGAGAAUGUAGCCACAGACAAAAACAGUGCUCUAGUCAUCGAAGGAGUGUCAAGAACCCGCAAUGCGCUGAUAAAUGGAAACACUCACAACUAUGAUUGGGACUCGGGGUAUACCUGCCACCAACUUGGCAGUGGGGCCAUCUGCAUUCAGCUAGCCCAGCCUUAUGUGCUGUCAACAAUGAGAUUACUACUGUGGGACUGCGAUGACAGAAGCUACAACUUUUACAUUGAAGUCUCCACAGAUCAGCAGAAGUGGGUUCUCGUUGUUGACAGACGACAGGAAUCUUGCAAGUCCUGGCAGACUUUUGCAUUUGAUCCCCUUCCUGUGACCUUUAUUCGUAUUGUGGGCACACACAAUACAGCCAAUGAAGUGUUUCACUGCGUCCAUUUUGAAAGUCCUGCAGACACUUCUGUAGGCAGCCUUAUCAACAGUGUGGCUACAGUCAGUGUAACCAGCGGCCCUCCAAACAGCCCACGGCCAGCCCAGGCACAGCAAGGACCUGCUUACCCACUGAUUACCGUGGACAGGGGUCCAUCUCUUAGCCGCAGCAGCAGCAGCAGCACCAGCAGUCGCAGUGAGAGCCAUCAGAGUGUGGCCACAGCCACCCGUGUACAUUUCCCACAGUACUACGGCCCACCACCACCACCUCCUUCAGCACAGCAACAGCAGCAACCCUUACUUCCUCAGCCACCCCCACCACAAGGCCUUCCCAGUCUGCAUCUGGGACACUACGCUGGUCACAUGUUGCAGCAGCAGGAUGUGCCAGAAGCAGAUAGGAUGGACAUCCAUUGA